UUCUGUAGUAUUGGAAAUAAAUACUUCGUCGGUCGAUGGGUUUUUCUUAAUUGGGGGAGCUACUUUGGCUUACGGCUUCUUUAGGAGAAGUUUAUCAAAGUUCCAAAUCAAAGUUGCCACGUUUUACAUAAAGCGGUAUAUCAGGUUAACUCCUUUGCUAAUGCUGUUGAUGCUGUACUAUUCAACACUCCUAGUACACGUAGGGCAAGGACCACUCUGGCACGAGAUUAUUGUAGAAGAGGAAUAUUGCAACGAGAAAUGGUGGGCUGGUCUUCUACAUAUUAGUAACUACCUAGAAACAAGAUGUGUCGGGCAGAGCUAUUACGUGGCAUGUGACUUCCAGUUCUACCUUAUGUCCCCUCUGUUCCUGCUACCCCUCAUUAAAAGGCCCAGGAUGGGUUGUGUCGUCACUGUGUGUAGCCUCCCUGAUAUCCGCUAUGAUUGCUACAGUCAACGCUUACAUGAAACAGAUUGGAUCUGGAACUAUUUUAAAAUAUUGGCAACACGAUCGUAACGUGGUGUUUGACGAUCCCUUCAACUACUACGGGUUCCACUACAGGUUACCAUCGUUCUGUAUGGGCCUAGGAUUGGGAUACUUCCUCUUCCAUGUCAAAUAUGAAAAACAUAGUUUUGUCUUCACAAAGAAGUUUUGGUGUCUGGGCUGGGUGUCUUCGGUAGUGUCCCUGUCGGUGUUCGUCGUUGCCACCGUUAUUGUCAGCAAUCCUAACCACAAAUUCUCUCCGUGGAUGGAUCCUUUAUACCAGGGCUUCCAGAGACCCGUAUUUUGCGCUGGUCUAUCUUGGAUCAUAUUCGCCUCCUUCCUGGGUUAUGGCGGGCUGCUAAAUCAAUUUCUAUCGUGGCCAGGAUUCCGCCCUCUUGGCAAACUUACGUACGGCGUGUUCCUGCUCCACUUCGUCGCCAUCUUUAAGCAAUCCUUGAGCAUCCAGGAUCCCAUGAUAUUCAGCCUCACCGAAUUGGUUUGUUAA